AAACAGCCAGUAGGUGGCAGCACAGGCUUGCAAUCUCUGAUCACUGACGUUGGGAUGAAUUAGGCUUUGAGAGCAAAUUUCCAUUCUGAAUGAUACAAUUAUUCUAUAUGGACACCCUUGGAUAACUACAGUGUGAGUUUCCUUUGUUUCCAUAGGGGCUGCCUGCGAGGGAGCGUACUCUGUGGAGCUGCAGGAUUCUGUGGAGGAGACAUGAUGUCAGUGUGGUCGUGGGACUCGUAUCAUUCAGCCUGGCAGAUCUGCAAGGGCACACAGUGGAUGUCUGAAGAGGUGCAGUUGGAAGGAUCUCCUCUCUCAGCAGACACAUGCUGUUCUCUCUCUUCUUCUCCUCUUCACACGGAUCACUGGCUCACCCAGGCAUGAGGACGACACAUUGCACAGCUGCUGAAACUUUGCCAGGGAUACAAGUUGUCUCUUGAUUGAAAGAAUGGGGGAGCAGAAGGAGAGGGGUCCGAACUGUUCCCCUGCAGUGGCCGGCAGCUCUCAGGCAGAGCAGAUUGAAGUUCUGGAGUCUGUGGACGUCUUACCUAUGGCUACUGAAGAUCACUGGAAAGGUCUGUUUAUCCAGUUUGAUUCUGAGAGCAGUGGAUAUAUCAGCACCCAGCAGUUCUGGACCCUGCUACAAAACCACAGCUCCGAGCUGGAUCCUCACAAACUGGACGUCCUUCUGGCCCUAGCGGACAGCAAUGCUGAUGGGAAGAUAUGCUAUCAGGAUGUUUUGAAUCUAAUGAGCAACAAGAGGUCAAACAGUUUCCGUUGUGCAAUCUUGCAGGGGAACAGGCACUUGUGUAACAAAGCACUUCUAGAAGAGCCUGGCUUGAGCCUCACACAGCGGCUGAUCCGCCACGUUGCCUAUGAGACCUUGCCUAGGGAGAUAGACCGGAAAUGGUUUUAUGAUAACUACACAGGUUGUCCCCCACCUUGGUUUUUGAUUACUGUGACCAUUGUGGAGGUUGUCUUCUUUGUUUACUAUGGGCUGGUGUUGGACCGAUUCGUGCUUCAAGUCACACACUCCCAGUACUUGAAGAAGAACCCAGUUGUGUAUCACCCCCAGCUACGAGCUCAGGCCUGGAGAUAUCUCAGCUACAUGUUCAUGCAUGCAGGGAUAGAACACCUUGGGGUGAACAUAGCCCUGAAACUACUGGUGGGUGUCCCCCUGGAGAUGGUACAUGGUGCUGUGCGAAUCGGGUUUGUGUACAUUGCAGGGGUCCUGGCAGGUUCUCUGGCAGUAUCUGUGGCUGAUAUGACUGCUCCUCUGGUGGGAUCUUCGGGAGGAGUCUACGCCAUUGUUUCUGCACACCUGGCCAAUAUUGUGAUGAACUGGUCCGGGAUGAGAUGUCAGUUCAAGCUCCUGCGCAUGUCCUUUGCCUUAAUAUGUAUGAGCUUUGAAUUUGGGAGAGCCGUCUGGUUAAGGUUUUACCCAUCUGCGUAUCCUCCAUGCCCUCACCCGAGUUUUGUGGCCCACUUAGGUGGCGUUCUGGUUGGCAUAACCUUGGGAGUUGUGAUUCUCAGGAACUUUGAACAAAGACUCCGGGAUCAGUCUCUAUGGUGGAUCUUCCUGAGCAUCUACAUGUUCUUUGUGAUGUUUGCAGUCUUAUGGAAUGUAUUUGCCUUCAACAUGGCUGGUCUUCGAUUACCUCCACCCCCAUAGAUGGGAACUGAGGAAUCGGGGAACCUGCCACAGUUCUUACUAGAUUUUGAUCUUCAUCCUACCCUAGCAGCCAAUCAGUUGUCCAGUACAGUGAAAGAGAAUUCAUUCUAAACCUCUUUUUGGGAGUCAGGUCUAAGAAGAGAAUAUCAAUGUUAGAUUAUAUUCUGAUCUUUUUACAGAUCAUUUGUCUUUAUUAUUUUUUUUACACACACAUAUAUAUAUAAUUGUUUUUUAUAUUUUUGUCUGUAAAAUCUAAAUUAUUUUCCAUGAAACAAUGUGGUCCCAAGAAGACCUGUUGUCUAUCUCCCAGAAGAGCUGAGAGGAUCUGGCAUAUUUAUCUGGAACAGAAUAUUUAUAUAUAUGUCUUGUGUAAACAAACACUCGUACAGCAUAAUAGUAGCUUGCAACGUUUCAGGCCUUUAUUGGCCUGUCUUCAGGCAAUGCAUACACACAACAAAUGCACAAAAUAUUACCUUAUCUCCCCUCUGGAUCCCGUCAACAGACGCUGGGUCGCCAUAUGCCUCAGUCCUCCAGACAGGAAGUGAGGAACAAGGAAGUCUCUCCGCCUCCUCCAGUGAAUUGGUUGCCAUGGCAACAUAACGCCUGCAUUAGAGCCGGUACAAAUACAGCGGACAUCACAGAAAUGCAUUGGACGGAGGCAGAGAGGAAUGUAUAUAAUAUAGGACAGGCAUGGUCAACCUAUGGCUCUCCAGCUGUUGUAAAACUACACAUCCCAAUGUGCUCUGGAGCAGUUUUAGCAUUGCCUAAUUGUGGCAGGGCAUGCUGGGAUGUGUUGUUUCAACAGCUGGGGAGCCACAGGGUGGCACUGGCAAAGCCUGAUAAUAGGAUGAUGUCAGUACACAUGGGGAAUGCCAGUGUGUUUGUGCACCUCAGUGAAGAUUUUAAUAUUUAAGAUUUUAAGUUUAAUAUGUCUUAAUUGUCUCUGCAUAAAGUUUACACUCAGCUAAAACAUUGCUAUGGAGUCCUACCUACAAUACAAGUUCCAUGUCUUACCUUCUUGAAAAAAUUUAUCUGGCCAUAUUAUAGUGUUCACUGAAGUGUUGGCUAUCUUAUCCAUGAAUAUAUGUGUAUAUACACACACAGGGCAGCCAUCGGGCGGGGGGCUGUGGGGACUGGGGUCCCGGGCCCUUACAGGAGGAGGGCCUACACCUGGCUCCUACUACCAAUAUCUGUAGAGCUGCACCAGUCUGUGAAUUGACAGCAGUCUGAUGCGCAAGGAAGACUUCUUAGUUAAAACAAGCCUCAUUUGCGCAUCAGCUCUCUGUAAACCAUUCCUGUAGGUCUGCAACACUCAACCUAUAUGUAACAUCACAAUGUGUGUCAUCAUGUAGGGAAGGAGCAGUGUGGCAGAAUAUUUUUUUAUUUUUUGGGGGGGAAGGGAGGGGCCCUGUCUACUUUGUCAGUCCCGGGCCCCAUAAUUUCUGAUGGCAGCACUGUACACAUACAUAUAUACAUGUAGCUUUGACUAACAAUGCCUAAUUCAUAUCUAUUAGUACAUUACAUAACAGCCGCCAACAAAGGUUUUGAUUACUUUUAGUGGUUAGGAAGAUGAUUUAGUAAAUGUGCAGAAUAUGUUGUCCAUCAUUUAUGGUAGAAUCACUCAUUAUUAUGGAAGCAACCACUUUUGGAGUAGCUGUGAAUUAGAAUUUAAAAAACACAGAUUUUUUUAAUAGAGAGUUAUAGCGGCAGCUCUGCAUCCAGCUCAGGUUAUGAGUUGUGUAAGGUGAAAAUAUCUAGGAAUAUCUGUGAUAUAGUAACAAUUUUCUAUAUUUUAUAACGUGAUAUUUUAUAGUAGUGUAAUUUACCUUUACUUCAUAAAUGCCAUUUAAGAAUAUAUUUUUAAUAGACUAAAAUUCUGACUUGCCGAGCCAUAGAGCUGAACAGUACUGCCUUCUUUCUUCUUACAAAUUAGUAGAUAGGUGUCACUAAUUGAUCAGCGCACCAUAAACUAACAAGUGCUGGACUAAGGUACAUAGGGAUAGGAGUCCAAAGCUAAUUAAACAUGUUCUUUCCAGAAGUUGAUAUACUGUAGUCAUCUCUGCCUCAGCCUCAUUAAAUGCCACCAGAAGUUCUACCAGUUACAUAUAGUAACAAAUCAGGUUACACCUCUCAGAAUGUAAGAUAACAUCAUGUGACUAGGCCACACUUAUAGAGAGUGGAAAGAAAAUGCCGUACACGUGCUUCUUCUAUUAAAUCCCAUCUACCCAAUACUAGUGUUCUGUCCAAAUGCCGAUAUUAACAUCACAGGUUAGAGAUAUAUGUCUAUUAGGUUUACCUUCUCCUCCAUCCAAAUUAAUAUUAAACCCUAAAAAUAAUACAUUAAAGUAAACUUCCAUUAAAUUGAAUUAAUUUUCGAAUUAUGAAUGCAAUGGGCUGCGCAGUAUGGUAAAUGUAUAGCAAUUACAGUUUAAUAUGAGAAGCAUCGAUUCCUCAUUUCACAAAUGAUAAUAACUAUAAUCCCAAGCAUUAUAGGAUGCAAGAUACAGGCAGUAGUAAGAUUUGAAUGAUGUUGCCACUCGAUUUAAAGUUAUAUCAAAUUACCGCUUAAAUCUAGCAGCAUUGCCGAAAUCUCAUCUUUGUCUACAUGUUGCAAGCUAUUACAUUUGGGCCAUUGUUUCUAAUAGUUGGCGGACAUAUCAAGACUUUCCAAGCAGCAGAUCACCAUAUGAAUUGCAUAACAAUUUGAGUUAUUUCUCAGUUUAUUCAUCUACUGGACAGCAAGACACUUAAAGGAAAGUUUCUUCUCCAGGUAGCUGCUGAAUGUAUGGACAUAAUUACUUUGCGUUCUGCCUGUGUGGCAGUGAAUAUGAAUGCCAUCUGCAUUACCUUUUCUUUUUUACUCUCGUAUACCACUUUUCUGAGCUGGAGUGGGGGACCUAACCUGUGGGUUGGCACAAGAUGGGCAUUACAGUAGUCCUCAUUAAACAAGGAACAUGCAGUAAUAUCAGUCAAUGUUGUAUCGCCAACACUAUGUACAGUUAUUUUUGUACUGGAGUAUAAAAUGUAAAUAAAGUGUUAAAUGCUG